AACAGGUAUGACGCGUAAUCCCACAUCCCUGCAACUAUAAUCCAAAACUGAUAUGUUUGUUGGCAAUUUUUGCAAUCUUACUCUUCACUCCUGCGCCCCUGCUCAACGGCUACACUCCCCCUUUGCCUUUUGAUUCCGAGGUGGAGCCUGAUACCCCGACUUCUCCAAACUGAACUGCCGGCGAAGCAGACGGAGAAGAUAGGACUGGGACCAGCAGUCGGUGGCACAGAUCUGGGACGCAGCGGAUCGGGAGGGACCAUACGGGCGGCUGUAAGGAAGAGGAAGGAUUUUGGGGAGCGCUUUCUUCGGUUGAAUAAUUUCACAAACCGGCGACACACGACAGAGCUUCGAGAAAGAUGAAUUCUUUCAUCCUGCUGUCGCUUUUUGCCGCGGUUAUCGCCGGAAAGUCACCUCGGCUGAAAUUUGUUGUGCACGAGCCCUCCAGGUUCCACUUUACCAAACCUGAGAACUACAUCAGCAUGUACCAUCAGGAAGGGAGCGACACGCUGUACGUGGGUGGCCAGGCGAUGAUCUACGUGUUGACAUUCACUGACAGAGGGGUCCGCGACCUGCAGAUCCCAGCGGCAUCUGAUCAGACUGCGAUUGAUACGUGCAAGGCAAAGGCUGCGCCACUCGAGCUGGAGUGUGAUAAUUUCAUCACAGUCAUUCAGAAAGUAAACGACACAUUCAUAGUAUGUGGGACAAAUGCUGGAAGCCCCAGGUGCUGGAUGCUGGUAAAUGACACUGUGCUGACUGAUGUCCAGGGCAGCGGGCAGAUAGCGUCAGCCUCUGACAUCUCACCACCUUACCCUUCCCAAAGGUCCAUCAGUCUGCCUGCAGAUGGGAGUCUGUAUUCUGCCAUGUCGUCGGUGGGAGGUCACGCCGGCUCAAUCCGGCGUACGUUUGGCUCCCAGAAACUCCUGAAGACGGAGAACAUUUGGCUGCUGAAUCCACAGUUUGCUGGUGCAGCCAUAAUCCCGUCUUCGCAAAAGUUUAAGGAGGAGAUCUACUUCUUCUUCAGUGAGUUCAACAAGACAGCCAGAGUGGACGAGGAGCCGUACAGGGCCCGCAUCGGACGAAUCUGCACGGUGGAUGAAGGGGGCAUUAAAGCCCUCCUGGCAGACUCAUGGACCACCUUCAUGAAGGCCCGGGUGAUGUGCGGCGCAGGCAAUACUCAGCAGCAGUACAACAACAUGAAGCAGGCUGUGGUGCUGACAGCGCAGGACAAGAGGGCCGGGGUCAUGUAUGGCCUGUUUUCCAACGCAUGGGGAAGAACAGUGAUCUGUGCCUACUCCAUCGAAGAUAUUGACCAGGCCUUCUCCACAAGUAAACUGAAGGGCUACAGCAGUCCAUUCAUUGGCAGUCGCCCUGGAAUGUGUGUCCGCAAAAACUCGACAGCAGGAGGUCAGAAUGACAUCAAAAACCUGGGGGUGAUCAGAUACCACCCAGAAAUUGAGGAUGUGAUCCGACCUGUCGGUGUGGCUCCACUCGACCUCCCAACAGAUGACCAGAUCACACAUACUGUGGCGGACAUCGUCCUGGCAGUCAAUGAUGAGCACUACAGUGUCCUGUACCUUGGAACAGAACAAGGCAAAGUUCUCAAAGUUCUUCACACCAGCGAGGGGGUCUUCAUCAUAUCUCAGUACUCUCUGUUCCACAAUGAGGGUCCCGUUCUAAACAUGGCCAUCGACUCCCAAAAGGGACACCUGUAUGUUGGUACAGCGAUGGAGGUCCAGCGACUGCCACUGGCUGACUGCAGUCGCUAUGGCGACACAUGCAGGGAGUGCAUUCUUUCCCGGGAUCCUUACUGCGGCUGGGACAGGGCCAGGAGGAAGUGCAUCGCCAUCCCGCCUGGAUACAAUGUCACGUCUGGGGCACUCAUUCAGAAUCUGGACCAUUCGAACUCCUCGGUUUGUGGGGAAGCUGCUGCUCUGAAGCAGCGUCGCACUUCACCCAGAGAAGUGGUGGUGCAGUCCAACACCUCCAUCUUUCUCCCCUGCCCUGUGCGCUCCUUCCAUGCCACCUAUCGCUGGGAGAAGGAUAACUGCAUUAAGAACUACCCCUGCCUCUUCUCUGGGGACUUCUGUGUCCUGGGGCCAAUCAUCGAUACGCCCCUCAAGGAAGGUGUCUUCCGUUGCAUGGCCACUGAGGACGGAUUCAAGGUGGAGGUUAUCUCCUUCAGGCUGGUGAACGAUGGCAGGCUUCUGGCCGCCUCCCUGGCCUCCACCUUGGGGCCGUCGCUCCUGCUCGCUGUGGCUACCCUGUGGCUUCAUUAACUGCAGCUAAUGCUAAUGCUAACCCCUCAUCCUUAGUGGCUCCCAAUGACAGGAAAGACAGGAAGCCACUGUUAGGAGGUUAGGUUUGCAGAGCACUGAAGUACAUGGUUGGGUUGUACGGUGCCAACUUUUUUCCAUACCAAUUUUUAGAGAGAGUCCAGCAAACGUCAGUGAACGAUGGAUUCUGAUUCUGUAUUUUUAGCAUAAAGCAACAUAUCUGCAGCUGCCGCAGUCUUAAAGAGAUCAGAACUGGAAACAGCAUACAUUAUUUUAUUCAAACUAAAAGUGACUAGGAGUUACUGUCCAUGAAUUGACAUGUCUUGCAAGUUCAACCUUGAUUCAACCAUAAUUAGGUGCUUUGCGAACCUUUCCUCUCUGACUCAAAAAGAUAAACAUAUCCUGUGAGUUGGGCAAAAAAACAAAAACAAAAAAAACAAACACCAAUACCAGGCCAAUUAUUUUUACCAUUUCUCUACUUAUUUUGAAUUGACUUGAUUGUGCUUAUUUGUGAAUAUGUAAACCUUUAAUACUGCUCUUACAUCUUAUCAUUCAUCUUGUUAAACUUCUCGGUAUAGCUCAUUAGUACUUAGAAAAAAUGUCUGGUAUUGAGAAUUAAAAAGCCUUAACACUUCUGGGACAAAAACUCCUAAGCACAAUUUUGCAGUUGAGGCAGAAUACUGCAGACUCGGUUGGACUUGGCGCUAUAAUUAGUGCAGCUGAGUCUAACAACAUCGUUGGGAGGAAGUGUCAGCUUUUUGACAGGAAGUAGGUGGAUGGGCAAGAGCUCAUUCUCGAACAUCACUGUGUCUCAGCACCUCCUCCUCAGACGAGGCAGUUUCUUGCAUCUUUUUAUCAGAUGGUAUCAGACAUCGUUAUUACGCCUUGUUCACAGCUUUGUUCGUUGUUUUACUUUUUCCAUGCCAUCGUCUUUCCUCCGCCCCAGAUCAUCAGAGCAAACCACUCGCUUUUACAGGAUGUGAAAAAAAAAACACAUCACCUACAACUCCUGUGGAAGAAGUUACUUAAUGUUAGCAGUAGGAAGAAUCUUAGCAGGAAAAUCUUAAAUCCUUAAAUAUUUAAAUUAAACGCUAUCAAGCUGUGUGAAAGUUUUUAUUCUGGUCAGUUAUUGUGGCCAAACAGUGGUAACAAGUUGUGUCAAAUGGCUAGUGAUUAUGUGGCUAAUUCUGGGAAUGCCAUUUGCAAAUAAAGAUAAGGUUUUGGCAAGAAAGAAGAGCCAAUAUGGUGGAAAUGACAUCCAACCUGACAAUGCAUAAAGAUGUGAACAAGGUGUUUUGCUAUAGCAAUUUCAAUUAAUAAAUGCUCACAUUAACAUAAGGGCAGAUGAAGCUAAAUGGAGUUGCAUUUCAUAGUUUGCCAGGAGAUGGAAAGGCUUGUAAUUAGAUCUGUGAAGUAUGUUCUGUAUUUUAUUGCUCUGCAGAUGCUGAUCUCUACCAUUGCUGCCUACGUAUGUGACAAUUUGUCUUGAUGGUUUGGGUUUUUAUGCCAUAGCUAGAAUGUGAUAUGUAACCACUGACUGCUUUGCCUCUUUCCCCAGGGACAUCAGUGCAAAUAGACAAGAAAUUGGUUAUUUUUUCAUACUUGUAUCUUUAUGCUGUGAAACAAAUGGCUUGACAGAUUCCAACAAGAUGCUUCACUGAUGUACAGCAGCAACCACAACCAACAGCGAGAACAGUGGUGUUACAUGUAAACUUCAUCCAACAAACAAACCUGCAGCAUCAUCAUCUUUUAAUCUCCCAACUGAUCACAACAAAUUUCAGAUAGAUCAAAGCUGAAUGUAAAAAAAAAAAAAAAAAAAAGAGUAGUGAAUGUAGCUGCAGCUCAACAGCACUGAAAUGCCAAAAACUGUGCCCAACCUUAUGAAUACUGAUCAGCUGACUGAAGAAGGCUUGUGCAGCCAUGAAUUAUGCAGCGGAUUAGCAUGUUCUCCAGAGCUUUGAGAAUUAUCAUUCUGUAAUGUUACAUAAAUCUGUCCAUCCCUAGCCCUCCACAGUGGCAGAAAUGUCAUUAAUAGCUAAUUAGACAACUGGAGCGAGCUCGUCAUGCACCGUAUUAAAGAAUUUAUUUUACACCGUCAGGGAUACGAGCAGCGAGCAUGUUCUCAGUUCUCUGAAACUCCAGACAGUGUCGAGUUUCUCACUCAGUUCGGUUGUGUGUUGCUGCUGGGGGAUCUGCUUGCUUUCUGCAUUGCACUGAUGCGGGCAACUGACUGUGCCAAGAAAAAAAAAACAAAAAACAAAAACAAAAGCUAUGUUGAGCCACCUCAUUCACUUGCUGCUUAUUGCUUCUUAUGUUUAUUUACAAAAUCCCUUGCUUCUUACCUUGCAUAAUGUUUUGUGCCGAUGAAACCCUGAGCGUGUGUACAACAACGGUCCUCCACACAACCAAACUCAAACACGAACCUGCUGCAGGUCUAACAUGCAUAUUAAUCGUCUUUGUGUCUCUGUGUCGCCACCAGGGUGGGAAAUUAACACCAGCCACCAGCCAAGUGCUAGUAAACAUUUAGUAGAGGCUGUUAACAAACUCCAUUCUGCCAGAGACUUUUGGCAGGAAACUAACUCAACAUACACAGAUGCUCUGAGGCAUUUUCCUCUAUAACCUCCUAACUGCUGUGUAUAUGUUGUGAUUUGACGACU